AUGGCCGAUUCGCUCUCGAAGCGCCCGAUGAUUUCUCGUGCCAGAGAACCUUGUCCAGUUGGCGGCUGCGAAAAGCAAGUCUGUAGUACUUCGGCAUCUGCAGAAAUGGUAUCCAGAUUUUCCCAGCGCGAUCAUAAGUACGACAGCUGUGACAAAACCCUCACAAGCACUUGCGGAUUGAGGCCUCAUGUCUUAAAUUACCACGAAAGAGUAAGCAUACUAGCAUGGAAGUUGCUAAGGACUUCGCGGCAACGUCUCUUCAACCGCAACCACUGUGCCAUUGUCGAUGCUCAACAGCUCUACUUCAUGAUUCGGGUCUAUGAAAUGAUGUGCAAGCGUCCUGAGGAUCGCCCGGAGGACUGGCUCGGCAUAUUACAACAGACCCCAGACCCAGCAAUAAAUAGGUUCCAGAGCAUCUUGACGGCCCGGAAGAGAAAAGGCCAACAGCGGAGAGGAAUAGAGCAAGUGAAACGAAACGAAGAGGGGAUCGAGAUUUAA